AAAUCAAGAGCAUUGGCUACCACUAUCUAAUCUAGACAUGUGUCUUGGGCUUCCAUUGGAUUUUAGUCUCUUCUUUUGUUAUACGAAGCCAACUUGUGGAGACAACUGGACAUUUGUGUCAAAGGUUGAGGUUUUAAAGAAGACCUUAGCAGAAGCUUUGGUUACAUACUACGCUCUUGCUGGUGAGAUAGUUCCAAACUCCAUGGGUAAACCUGAGAUUCUUUGCAAUAACCGUGGGGUAGACUUCAUUGAAGGUUUUGCAGAUAUAGAACUUCAAAACCUCAACUUGUAUAGAGCUGAUGAGACCAUUGGUUGCAAACUAGUACCGAAGAAGAAGAAUGACAUCAUGAUGGCUGUUCAGCCCUCCAUUCGGACACGCCAGAAGAUUGAUUUGUGGAUUGGGUUCUACAGUUUUUGUUCGUGGGGUUUGUGAUGCUUAAACUUGGACCAUUUUGGUUUUUGCAUUUUAUUGCUCUUGUAAUAAUGUAACCUGCAUUAGUCUAUUGCAAUAUAUUGCUUAUCUUUCUAAUGGAAGU